AUGGGCGCCGGGAGCCGGGAGCUGUCCGUGGCGCUGUCCGUGGUGCUGGCCCUGACGCUGCCAGGGCUGCCCGUCUGGGCGCAGAACGACACGGAGCCCAUAGUCCUGGAAGGCAAGUGCCUGGUGGUGUGCGACUCGAACCCGGCCACGGACUCCAAGGGCUCGUCUUCCUCGCCUCUAGGGAUUUCAGUCCGGGCGGCCAAUUCCAAGGUGGCCUUCUCGGCCGUGCGGAGCACCAACCACGAGCCGUCCGAGAUGAGCAACAAGACGCGCAUCAUUUACUUUGAUCAGAUCCUAGUAAAUGUGGGCAAUUUUUUCACGCUGGAGUCUGUCUUUGUAGCACCAAGAAAAGGAAUAUACAGUUUCAGUUUUCACGUAAUUAAAGUCUACCAGAGUCAAACAAUCCAGGUUAACCUGAUGUUAAAUGGCAAACCAGUAAUAUCCGCGUUCGCUGGGGACAAGGAUGUUACCCGUGAGGCCGCCACGAACGGAGUCCUAUUGUACCUGGAUAAGGAGGAUAAGGUCUAUCUGAAACUGGAGAAAGGUAAUUUGGUUGGAGGCUGGCAGUAUUCUACGUUUUCAGGCUUUCUGGUGUUCCCGCUAUAGAAUUUGAUUUCUCCAUGACGUUUAUCCAGGUGAGGGGCAGCCUACCCCGGAGUUAUUUGAAGAUCAUUUUUUUCCUCUUCAGAUUGAUUUUUUUUCCUUGGUUUCUCAUGGGUGAAUAUGGAUUCUUUUUAAGGAUUCUAGGCCUGUUUGAACCAGCCCCAAGUUUUGCAGAUUAUUUUUUUCGUGUGUGCGUUUCAGUAUAUUUGGAAUUGAACUCAAAGCAGACAUUACCUAUCUGUGCUUAAGUGUAACAGUCAAAAGCUGUCUAUGAGGUUUAUUCUGAAUUUUGUUUCCUGAAUUACUGAAUUUGUUGCCGAUGUGGAAUUUUAUUCCUUUAUUUUUAAAAGACUGGCAACCAGGUCUAAGAAUUAUUGAACUGUAAGUUCCGACUUGAACGUUAGUGGGUUAUUGCCAAAGAGCUGUAUACUGUGUUGAUAUAUUGACUCCACUUGUUUUUGUUCCUUUGGAAUUGGUUUGUUUUGUUCGCUUAAAGGUACCGGGAAGUUGUUUUUCCCUGAUGGGCUUUGUGUCUUCUCUACAAAUCGGGUAAUGAAUGGCUUGCCCGCAAAUUUACUUUGAGAUCACCAACAUGACUUCCCUAAAGAAAAAAAAAAAAAAGAGUGCUUCAUAGUUGUAUUUUAAUUAUAUAUGUGAAAGAGUCAUAUUUUCCAAAUUAUAUUUUCUAAUAGGAAGAAUGGAUCAUAAUUGUGACAGGAAAAAGUUGCUUACUGGAGUUUUAAGUACUCAAUCCCCAAACCUCGGCAAAACAGCUCUCCUCUGUGGGAAAUAUGAAACUUUAUUGCUCGACUUUAAUUAACAUGAUUGAUAAUAACCACUUUAUUAAAAACCUAAGGGAUUUUUUUUUUCCCUUAGACAUGGUCACUUUAUUAACUGGAGAUAGGAUACCCUUGUUUUUAAUUAUACCA